GUGUUUCUAUAUUUAUGUUUAAAGACAUUCAAAGGCACUUUCUGUCUACUUACUAACUGGAGUACCUUUUAUGGAAGAAAAAAAUAAUUAUUUUUACCAGGAUUGUAGCAAAUAUGAAAUCGUGAGCUGACAAAAUGAUGACUGAGGCUGAUAUAAUUGUUAGUGUCUUUAAUAUCAUUGAAUUGUGGACUGGAAAGAGGUAACUCAAAGAUUUAGAAAUCGGCAGCAAGCCAAAUGAGGUUAAAUCUAACCUUGUGAUCUGGUCUCGUUCUUACACCUCCUACUAUACAAUCACAUGUGUUGUUUCUCUCUUCACGUACAACCUAAAACCUCCCUACUCUUUCUAGAAUGGACCAACCCUUCGUCACAAACCCUUCGUCACAACUUCAGAAGUUUUCCCCCUUUCCCUUCCCCCGCCUAACUCGAGCACAAAUUGCUCCUUUCCUGUGACAUCAUUCCGUAUUAUAGUUCUCCUCACAACACCAAGGCUCUAUCGUAGAACUUGGGAGUGCUGUCAGGCAGGCAUCCCUCUCUUGCUUUCUCUCGCCCCCCUCUCUCCUCGCAUCUACCUCUUAUAGUGCUGUUGAUUAGAGAUCUCUUUCUCUUUCUCUCCCACUCUCUCAUACUUGUUUUGGUAUGACUUUGGACUUUUGGACAUCCCUGUAGCGCAGCAUAGGUGAUCCAGGCCAUGCUAGCUGUGGGCUUAUAAUGAUGAGAGACUUAAUCGUCCAUUCAUCCAUGUUGAGGAUUAUUUAGUAUGAUAUAUUCUGGAACACCUUGAUCCGUAGAUGUUAGUAGUAUGUGGCUUGCCAGUGAAUUUUGGAUUGAUUUAGUCCUAAACUUUCAUGAAUUUGUGGACUUAUGUCUUGGAUUACCAUUUGAUAGUGACCAGCAACUGGCAACAGAUCCGAGUGAUCUGUUAAAGGAUUCCAACUCCAACACACCAAAGACUGCUGAGUCUACCCCUGCAAAGGAUACCGCAACAAGUACUCCACUGACACCAACACCUAGUACCCCACCAGCAACACCUACCCCACAGACACCCAGUACAACCCCUCGUGGAGGGAAACCCAGUCCACCACCAAAACCAAAUACAACCCCUAAGACCCCCAGGAGGACUCCUCCACCUCGACAAGACUCCCUGCACACCUCACCGACCCCUGAGGUUGCUGUCAAAGGCAGCCCACGCCCUAUACCAAAAAGGAAACCGAAGCCAGAAACCAGGACCAUAGCAAUCCAGACUGAUAACUCCCAUACACCAUCAGCCUCAACAACAGACUCUCCUCAACCGCACGGCUCACCCGGUAGGGUCUUUCCAACUCAAGCGAGUAUAACCAUUCCGGAGCAGGCUGUUCUACGACAGUCCACGCCUCACAGCAGGGUCAGUCGAGCCGUCUCCAUCGCAGUUGACUCUCCUACCACCCAUCUAGCGGGUACCUCGCAGGAGAAACCCACCAAGAUCAGGUGGGACCUCUCGCCUAGUCCAAGGAACAGGGCAUCGUUGAGGAGAGAAAAGUCCAUCAAGCAACGGAGGGAGGAGGAACGUCUGAUCAAACAGUCCAGAGUUCUAGGCAGUUCCUAUGAACUAUCCCCUGAUCUACAACAAAAACAGGUUGAGAUGCUAGAGAAGCGUUAUGGCGGUCGCACCAAGGCUCAGAAAGCAGCUAAUGUAAUUCAACAAGCGUAUCGCAAGCAUGAACUUCAGAAAGAAUUCCAGCGACUCCGAAGAACACGUUCUGAUUCACGCAUCUCAAGCUAUCUAAAGAACUACUCCGCAAAGGUCCACUCCAAGCACAGCAAUCGCGCUAGGGUUAUGGUAAUAGAAGACACUGAUACAUCAACUCCCGUAAUGAGAGAUACACGAGGAGCCAUGAGAAAAUUAGAAAAGAAAAUAGAAGAAGGGGCAGAGCUUGCCGGUAUUACGCGGGAGCUAGAGUCCCAAGCAAAACAAACUAUAAAUGAGAGCAGUAUAUCCCCCGUUGUGCGCUCCUCAACACCAACGGAGCAACAUCGGAAUAACAGCAAUAAUGUCUUUCCCAAGGGAGUGGUCACUCCAAAGGACAAGGGUAAUAGUGGGGAUGUUGAAGAGAUGAAGGAGGGAAGCGGGAAGAAGGUUGUCGUCACCCUGACGAUGACGAGACACAAUGCAUCCACAGAGAUCCAGGAGAGGAGCCAGGCAUCCCGAUCAGAGAAGACCAUCAUUACUCAGAAGGAUGUUGUUAGGGUGCAGUCACAGGAGGUAUGGAAGACUUCUCCUAAAGGGGGCUCUGUCUCGCCCCCUCCCCCCAUCUCACCUGGCAGUUCACCUCCAAGCAGUGGUAGGGCUGUCACCAAGAUCAUCACUACGAGUGAGAAACAGGUAGCAAGGAAAGUCUGCAUACCUGAUAUGUCAGGGAGCCCUCAAGUUGUUCAGAACAGUGGUCCAGGAGUCGGUGUCCUCAGUCCGGUGGUUGUUAGGGCUAGUGAGAUGCCUUCCAGUACCCAUUGUGGGUUUGUACUGACAGGAAUGAAAGAUGUCUCUAUGGGUAAUGGUAGUGAAAGCCCAACCCUCAGCAGACCUGUCAAGACUGUUUCUGUAGGUAACGAUGUCAUGUCUCCCGUAAUAGAUCGCAGAGUUGUCAAGAAGGAGAGCCCUAGGGUGCAGUCUCCCCCCAUCGGAGUAGUACACAGGGAGGGUAGAAAGUCCCUGGACCAGACCUCGACCACCAAACAUGUGGAAGCUAGUCAAGAUACCAGUUAUUCCCGCCACCUGACAAGGACAGAUUCAAAUGUUGUAACACAGGAAGUAGCAGACAGGAAGUGUGUAGGUAACGAACAUUCAAUAGAAAGCAACUCUCUACGAGCCAGCCACACACCGGCUGGCAGCAUGAGGCAGGAAGGCAGUACAGAUAAGAAGAGAGAGUCUGUAAGCAGUAGUGGAAGUACUGGCACAGAGGGCGAUGUAAACAUGGAAUACAUAAGUGGCGGUCGGAGAAUGGCCAGCAUACGAGCAGAUGACAGUAUAUCAACCACGUCAACCGUCAGCGGUGAAAGCUUUGAGGUCAUCAGCAUUGAACAGAGCAGCUCUUCGGAUGUACCAUCUGUUGUUGUGGCGACGCCUGAGGGCUCCCUGAUGGAUUUUGUCCACUCGUCGACGGAUUCUGAAGGAUCAGAUACGGAGGGAGACUUAACAUCACGCUCUCACUCGGGAUCAGUAGACAAAAACAAAAAUGUGGCAAUCACUGCCAAGAGACGCAUGGCCAAAGCCAAUAGCACCGGACAAAUGAACUCGCCCGUUUGGAAACGUAAGAACCAGGACACUCGGAUAGGCACGCGGAAUGGCACGCUCAUGAACGGAUCAGCUACUCCUGUGAGAAUGACGCGAUCGGACACUGGUGAUAGUAUGAGCAGUGAGAGUAGUGGUUCGUCUAAAUACACCUUCCCAGAUGACUCUAGCAUAUCAGAGAGCAAUGACACAUUACCGGGAGAGAUUGAGGAAUUAUGUGGAAAGAGACCCUUGGUUCCAUCGUUAUCUAUUCCUAUGACACCGUCCAGGAGAAGGAGAUAUAGAGUUGGAAUAAACCUAUUCAACAAAAAACCUGAGAAAGGAAUCAAGUUCUUGAUCGAGAACAGGUUCAUAGAAAACUCUCCUCAUGAGGUCGCCAAGUUCCUUCUCAAGAGAACGGGAUUCAGUAAACAGAAGAUCGGCGAAUACCUUGGCAACCUUCAGAAGGACUUCAAUCAGUUGGUGCUAGAAUGUUUUGUGGAAGCUAUGGGAUUCACAGGUUUAACCAUCGAUGAGGCGCUGAGGAAAUUCCAGAUGUCUUUCUUGCUUCCGGGAGAGGCGCAGAAGAUUGAAAGAUUGAUGGAGGCUUUCUCGAAGAGGUACUGCUACUGCAACGCGGAGUUUGCAAACAGCUUCCACAACCUGGAUACCAUCUUCAUCCUAUCCUUUGCUGUCAUCAUGCUCACGACCGAUCUUCACAAUCCCAACGUCAAACCGGAGAGAAAGAUGAAGCUACCGGACUUCAUCAAGAAUCUCAGUGGUAUAGACGACGAGCAUGACCUAGACCCUGAGUUCUUGACCGGUAUCUUUGAUCGGAUCAAGAAGAAAGCUUUCCAACCAGGAGAAGAUCAUGUGACUGCUGUACGCAAACUAGAAGCUAACAUCCUGGGAGAGAAACCCUUCCCCCUUGCGGAGCCUCACAGAAGACUUGUAAGCUCCUGCAGUCUUCUAGAGGUCAAUGACCCUACAAAGAAAGACAAGAAGCACAUCAGGGAAGUCUUCCUUCUCAAUGAUAUGAUCCUGAUCACCAAGCUGUACAAGAAGAAGACCGGAGCCAUCUUGGGAUACAAGAAGAAAGUACUUCUACAGGGAGCCACGGUCCUAGAGUUCUCAUCACAACACUAUCCUUACGGUAUCCGACUGGUCUCGCGGCAGGACAAGACCCUGGCAUCGUUCUGCGCCAGCCACCCUGAAGACAGGACCAAGUUUGUAGCAGAUAUCAGGGAGUGCAUCCUGGAGAUCGAGGAGAUGGAGAGUCUCAGGAUAGAAGCUGAGCUUGAGAGGCAGAAGGUGAUCCGUAAGAGCCAGGCCAGCACGUCCGACUCUGGGGUAGGUCUGGACACGGAGAGCCUAGCCAGUACUCAGAACCUGAGUGGUAGCAUGGACUCCUUGGCCCCACCCCUCAAGGAUGGCAGUCUCAAGAGAACAACGCUAUCCAACUCACUCAUGGACCUCAAAGAAGCAGCAAAUAAAGCAGACCACAGAAGUAGUGUAAGCUCCCUCGACAGUGGUGUGCCAAUAGAUAUCAACGCUACCAUGCCUCUACCAAAGAAGGGUCGCUCACCCCUUCCCAGCUCCAUGUGGGGGAGAAAGAAGCAGACCCCCACCAACAAAGGGCCCCCUGGCGUAGCCCCAUCUCCCCAUGCAGAAUCCAACGCUUGACGCCCCCUCUCUAUCUCUCCUCCACCUGCCCCUUCACAGUGACGGGUGGAGGUGCGGCCAGUCGUCGGUGCUUCCCAAGAUACGGAUGUGGGAGAUGAUGGAAGGUGGUGUGCUAUGCCAGGAGAAGCUUAGGAAAGCAAGCUUCGAGGCCAGGGGUCGACCUGCUACAGGCCAAUCAGCAUUCUGCGAGCCGAGGGAGUCGCUGCCAACGUGAGGAAUGAGAUACCAACAGAGAGAAACACGAUGAUCCUGCGUUGAUCAAAACAAAAUCGUACCCGGUUUGAGUGUUUGAUGAUGUUUACUUCAUGUAGCAGCUUCAGUAGUCAUCGAUGUAUGACUAUAAGGUCGAUGAGAUAGCUCACACCAUCGUAGCCGCUAGUUGAUUGCUCACCUAAUCUGUUUAUUAAUAGAUGCAAUAAUACGAAUGAAACAGUAAAAGACUAGUGAGCAAGAUCUACGAACAAAUUAUUGCUUCAGCUUUUUGUACCUAUGUUUAAUAAUAAGUGAUGAAGAGAAAACUGACACAGUCUUCAAGCACUUCUUCAUGUUACAGUGCGAAGACGUCAAACUAGUGCAGAAUGUUAGAUUUGAAUAAUUCACUUAUAAAUAGACUCCAAGGUAUUUUUUAAAGAAUGCAAAAUACCUUACAAUGCACCAUCAGUAGGAUAGAAUAAUGUAUUAGAGCAUCUCCCUGAUAAUUUUGAUGGAAUUUCUGAUGGAAUUUCAUAGUUAUAAACAAUGUUGUGAAACAAGCCAUAUCUGCUAUUAUGGUUUUUCUUGUUAUGAAUGUCUUGCCAAAGAUUGAGUGAAAUGUAUUACAACUGAUGCUGGAGAUAAAGGUUAGUCUGUUGUCAAUUUGAAGAGCACUAGUGAUUAGGCGAUUGCCAAUUUGAGAUGCAACUGUCAUCAGACGAUUCCACUGAGCGCUAGCUACACAAAGGUUUUAUAGUCGACACUCUUAUGAAUGAUGCAAGAAAUGAUUGAUAUGCACUCAAAAGUAUGAAAAUAUAUUUUGAUUCUAAUUUUAUAAUGAAGCAAAGUAUAAAAAAUCAAUUAAAUCUGCUGAGCAAAGAAAGAUAAAGGAGGGUGUAGCUCUUUGUAAUCAUUUCUGAUGGCCUUGUUUGCAUUCUCAUUGUGUGUAUCGUGGAGAUGAUAAUGAUAAGAAAUAGCACAAAGAGAAUCGGAAUAGAACAUCGUGACCAACGAUUCUAGAAUUACAGUCAGUAUCUGCACAUAAUAUUAUUGAGCGAGUGGCUUUGAUGCUAUACACAGGAAACUGAGCAAUAUCAUCUUUUAAAGCUUAUAUAGUGAAUGUUACCCUCAUUUGCCUACUGUUUUCUGAAUAGUAAAUUAAAUCUUCAUCAAAAUUCUAGUAGAAUCUCUUAUGCUUACAAAUUUGUUCGUCCAUGGAUAGUUUUAUUCAGCUAAUCCAAGGUUGUGGUGUUUUCCUUUCAAGUUGACAUUUUAGUGUGUUGUCCCAUAAAAAUCAUCUGGACUUGUUAUUCACUU